CCCCUCGUCUCCACUCCUCUGCUCCUCCCGCGCCGCCGCCGCCGCCGCAGCGACGCGACGACGGGUAAUGGCUUCCGCCGCGGUGCUCCGGAGCGCCGGCUCCCGCCGCCUUUUCUCCUACCCCACCCUCCGCGCCGCCGCGAUCUCGGGACCCGCAGCGCUACCCGAUGCGCCUGCUGUGGCGGCGGCGCCGGCGGUGGCGCCGGCCCAGCCGCCACCGCUGGCCGGGAUCCUCUGGGCGAGGUCCAUCGCCACCUUCACGCGCACGAAUCCCCAUGUGAACGUCGGCUCCAUUGGGCACAUCGGUCACGGCAAAUUCACUCUCACUGCUGCUAUUACCAAGGGGAUAUCAACUACAAGGCAUUUGCUUGCAGAUGAUGCUAUGGUGCCUAUUUCGUCUCCUUUGACUCCUCCACUCGGUGGCAGUGAAGAAACUGACAAAAAGGGGGCCAUGGUAAAACGCCUAAAGGUCCAAGCCAUAAAAAAGGAUAUCAAACAGAGUCCCAAGAAGGUGAAUCUUGUAGCAAAGCUGGUUCGAGGUAUGCGUGUGGAAGAUGCCUUAUUGCAGCUGCAAGUGACUGUUAAAAGGGCUGCCAAAACUGUUUACCAGGUGAUCCAUUCUGCUCGGGCCAAUGCAGCUCACAACCAUGGAUUGGAUCCUGAUAAGCUCAUUGUUGAGGAGGCCUUUGUGGGAAAGGGACUUUACCUGAAGAGACUGUCUUACCAUGCCAAAGGGAGAUGCGGUAUAAUGGUGCGACCAAGGUGCAGAUUGACAGUGGUGGUUAGAGAAGCUACUGCUGAGGAAGAGGCAAAGAUUGCCAAGCUCAGGGUGAGCAACUAUAAGAAGCUGACCAGAAAGGAGCGGCAGCUUAUGCCGCACAGGCUCAUCGAGGUUAGCCCAAGGUGGGCUCGCAAGAGGAAAGCAGAGGCUGGUGCUGCAGUAUAGUAUUAGUUUAUGUAUGCAGAACCUGCAUUCACUGUUUUGCACUCGAAGAGCAAACAUGCCAUUUCUAUUUAGCACAAAUACUUGCGCCUCUUGGUGUUGAUUCACACAAACAGGUUCCAAAUCCACCUGACUUGACUCCUUGGUAAUCUUUGUCGCUUGGAGUCUCUAGAAACAGAGGAAAUGCUGUGUAUUUUAGCGAUGUGUUGUAGCGACUAGCACUAGAAAUAAACCUCGGAAUAGUAAAUUUUGGCUCUAAGGUUGGAUGUGCAUGGGGCACAUGCCCUUAAGGGCACAAAAACUACUUCCACAAUUCCAUUCAAUUAUUAUUGUUUUUGGCUGGUUUCCACAA